AUGAUGGCUGGUCUUCUUGGACUCUUGGACUUCAAGAGUGUCAUUGACUCACGUGUCCAGAGUGCCGACACUCAAUCAAUAGAGUACAUAAUGGGCAUGUGGAAGGGCAGACCCAGUGCCAUCAUUCCAUUCAAGAUACAUAAUAGUGAGUCGAUGUCAUUCAUCUUUGACAAGGGAUACCUCACUUUGGAUACAUCCGAUGAAUAUAACAUAGAAGUAUUGGAUAAUAUUAUGGACUCGGCAUUCAAGGAUGGACAGGUUGAUGUGGUGAGAUUGGUUCAUCAACGAUGUUGUGACAUACCUGGAUCAGGAUUGCUACUGCUCAAGAGGUAUCUACCAUCAUUGAACAUACUAUCAAAGGCAUCGAGUGACAACCAUCAUCAAUUGAUCAGAUCAUUGAGUUGGUUCAACGAGUCUCCAGAUCGUUUCGUCGAAACGAACUUCCAAAAUGACCCAUAA